AUGCAACACGCUUUCCUUCGCAUCAUCUACAUCGUGGCAUUCUUCGCCUCUUGCCUGUCAUACGAACGCGCUGUCGCCUCAACAGUCGAACGUCCCAAUUUCAUCGUCAUCAAUAUCGAUGACCUGGGAUAUGGCGACAUCGGCCCUUAUGGUUCGACGCUCAAUCGAACCCCCAACCUCGAUCGCAUGGCAGAAGAGGGACGCCGGUUGACUUGCUUUUAUGCCGCCCCGGUCUGCUCGCCAUCUCGCGCGUCGUUGAUGACGGGCUGUUAUCCCAAGCGAGCCCUGAGCAUCCCACACGUUUUGUUCCCGGCCGACCCCAUGGGACUUCAUCCUGACGAAGUAACCGUGGCCGAGUUACUUUCAGCCACGGGUUAUGCCACCGGAAUCAUUGGUAAGUGGCACCUGGGCGAUCAGCCUGAGUUCCUCCCUACCCGGCAGGGCUUUGACUACUACUUUGGGCUCCCCUACUCCAACGAUAUGGGCCCAGCAGCGGACGGGGUGAAGAGCAAUCUGGGUGAGCCUCUACCAAAGCUCAAAGGCAAUCGUGCAAAUCAACCGCCGCUUCCGUUGAUGCGCAACGAAACGGUUCUCAAACGUGUUCUGCCUCAAGAUCAGAGAAAGUUGGUUGAGAACUACACAAACGAGGCAGUCUCCUUUAUCUGGAACCACCGCGACGAACCAUUUUUUCUGUACCUGCCCCAUUCGGCGGUACACUUUCCGCUCUAUCCCGGCGAGGCCUUUCACAAUCAGUCGAGUAACGGGCUCUUCGGCGAUUGGGUCGAAGAAGUCGAUUGGAGCGUGGGGCAGGUACUGCAAACGUUGCGCGACCUAGGCCUGGAUGAGCGCACCCUGGUGUUGUUCACGUCUGAUAACGGUGGACAGCCCCGGCACGGGGCGGUGAAUGCCCCAUUACGAGGUGGAAAGGGCAGCACAUUCGAGGGUGGCGUGCGUGUCCCUACCAUCGCCUGGUGGCCAGGAAACAUUCCUGCCGAUACCGAAAUUGCCGCAGUGACGAGCAUGAUGGACAUUCUUCCCACGUUCACCAAGCUGGCCGGCGGCAAAGUCCCCACCGACCGCACGAUCGAUGGCGGUGACAUCUGGCCCAUCCUGGCGGGAGCCGCGGACGCAGAGUCACCUCACGAGGAAUUCUACUACUACCGAGGGCUCAAGCUUGAGGCCGUUCGUAGCGGACCCUGGAAGUUGUUCCUGAAAAGCGGCGAACUCUACAACCUCGACUCCGACAUCGGUGAGUCGCAGAACGUCGCCGAGGCUCACCCGGAGAUUGUCGCUCGCAUUCGCAAGCUGGCGUCCGCCAUCGAUUCCGAUCUAGGCACCGAAGCCAUUGGUCCCGGAUGUAGAGCCCUGGGGCGAGUCAACAAGGCGGAACCGCUGAUCAGCCGCAAUGGAAAGGUCCGAGAAGGGUUCUCGCCAUCUUCACCCCAGGCAGCUAUGGGAAUCAUGAUUGGCGAGCUAUCUGCGACCACCGCUCUGGCCCAGGUUCGCCUCAACAAGAACGAUCCGAUUGUUGACAGUGAUGCAAGCGGUGCAGCAGGUGUCGUACGGUUUGUGCUGUACGCAACCGAGGACGAUGCUAUGCCCGUGGCAGAGAAGACGGCCAAGGCGGAAGCCGAACACGACUUUAUUGCCCGACUUGCUUUUGAGGGGCUGGAGCCAGGGACUACCUACGUCCUUAAAACUCAGGUCGGUCAGGAUGAAAACUCCUUUCACCCCGGCCCUACGGCAGAAUUCACGACGCUUCCCGGCCGCGACUCAGACAAGGCGGUCCGCUUCGUCGUAGUUACGGGCAUGAACUACGCGAAAUUUCACGGCGACAAUCGUAUCGAUCGGCGUCAGCAUCGCAUUCAAAACAACACCGAUUUACCCCAGGCCUACUCUGGCCCAGACAAACACUUGGGCUACCCCGCGUUAGACACCAUCCGCAAAUUGCAGCCCCAUUUCUUCGUUGGUACAGGGGACAAUGUCUACUACGACACACCAACAAAGCCGCGAGCACAAACACCUGCCGAGCUCCGCAAGAAAUGGCACGAGCAAUUCAUCCAGCCCCGGUACCGUGAGAUGUUCGCCGUUGUGCCGACCUACUGGAUGAUCGACGACCAUGACUUCCGCGUGGACGACUGCGACCUGACGGGCGACUAUGCCCCAUCUCCUGAGUUGGGUCGGCAAAUGAUGCUCGAGCAGUUGCCCGUUACCCCACGUGAAGAUGAUGACGCAAAAACCUAUCGCACGCAUCGUGUCAAUCGCGACCUGCAGGUGUGGUUCCCUGAAAACCGCAUGUAUCGCAGCCCCAACGCGAUGGCCGAUGGACCGGACAAAUCAAUCUGGGGCACUGAGCAGAAAAAGUGGCUCUAUCGCACGUUGGCCGAAAGCGAUGCCACCUUCAAAUUGCUGAUUUCUCCCACGCCGAUGAUCGGGCCCGACGACAAGCGAAAAACCGACAACCAUGCCGACAUCGGGGGCUUUCAGCACGAACGCGACGAGUUCUUCGCUUGGCUGGCAGAAUCCGGACUUGACCAGCAGAACUUCUAUCUAGUCUGCGGCGACCGACACUGGCAGUACCACUCGAUCCAUCCCACCGGCAUCGAGGAGUUCUCCAGCGGUGCCUUGGUCGAUGCAAAUGCACGCUUGGGACGUCUGCCUGGAGAUCCACAAUCAACCGACCCCGAGGGGCUCAUCAAGGUGCCCUACACACAGCAGAACCCCUCAGGUGGGUUCCUGAUGAUUGAAGUGAAUCCGGCCACAGAAGACGAAACUGCCACCCUCUCGUUCACGUUUCACGACGAGCACGGAGCGGUGCUGCACAAACAUCGAAAACUGGCCGCAGAUUAG